UAAACGAGAGAGAGAGAGAGAGAGAGAGGAAGAAGAAGAAGAAGAAGAUGGGUUCCGAAGGGAGAAUAAAGGACGAGAUGGGAUGGAAAACUCCUGAAAGCCCUUCUCUCUGUGCCAAGGGAUGUGGUUUCUUUGGUAGUCCAGAAACCCAUAACCUCUGCUCCAAGUGCUACAGGGACUUCUGCCUCCAACAACCUCAAAACCCCACCUCUGCUAUAGCUUUUGUGGAGAGCCCAACAACAUCAGUAACUUCAACGCCGGUAUUGGUACCGGUGCCCUCAUCAUCUUCUAGAGGUUCUGCGGUGGUAAAUCCCACAGUUGCCGGUGCCGUUGUUGAAUCAUCUCCGGUGGUGAAGAAUAGGUGUGUAAGCUGCAGUAAGAAAAUAGGGUUGCUAGGGUUCAACUGUAAGUGUGGAAGUACUUUCUGCUCAAAGCACCGGUACCCUGAGAUGCAUAAUUGUACCUUCGACUACAAGGUUGUGGGUCAGGAAGCUAUUGCUAAGGCUAAUCCUCGUGUGAUCUCUGAUAAGAUUAAGAGGUUAUAAUGAGUUACAUUACAAACCAUGGACUAUAUAUAUAGAGAGAGGCAGUGUUCCAAGUUUUAGCUUUUAACUCCGACAACUUUCAGAUUUCAUAGUCUCAUUAUUUUUUCUUUUUAAAUUUUAGUUUUUUUUUUGCUAUCUAUAUAUGAUGAAUCUUAAAUCAUCAAGUAGGAUUAGAAAUUCAU